AUGGGCUCCGCUUCGUCCUCCUACCGGGUCAUUUACCUGGACGUGGACGGCAGGAUUCAGAAGGUGGUGUUCAGUAGAUUCUGCAGCCCGUCUGACAUUAAGGAGCUGUUCUGUACAGCCCUGGGUGUGCCAAGGAACACUAACCUGUCCCUGUUGGAUUCUUCUGGAGCUAUGGUGUCCAUCGACCCCACCAUGCCACACAACACAGAGAGGUCACCGUAUCGAGUGGUGCCUAUGACUGGAGGACAGCUUGCUGAUAAAGAGGAACUCUUUCAGAAUGUACUGACGCAAGUAGCAGAGCAGUUUUCAAGGGCGUUCAAGAUCAACGAGCUGAAGACCGAGGUCACCAACCGUCUAGCCAUGUUGGAGAAGAGAGUGGAACUGGAAGGGAUGAAGGUGGUGGAGAUUGAGAAAUGUCGCAAAGACAUCAAGAAGCUCCGUGAGGAGAUGGCAUCCAGAAACAACAGUAACUACCUCGAAGACAAUAAGAAGCUUACCCCUCGCAGAGACGUGCCCUCCUACCCAAAGUACAUGCUGUCUGAACAGACCAUAGAUGCCCUCAAAAAACCCGCCUUCGACGUCUGGCUGUGGGAGGCCAACGAGAUGCUGAGCUGUCUGGAACAUAUGUACCAUGACCUGGGCUUGGUCAAAGAGUUCAACAUCAACCCCAUCACACUCAAGAGAUGGCUGCUUUGUAUUCAUGACAACUAUAAGAAUAACCCCUUUCAUAACUUCCGCCACUGUUUCUGCGUAACCCAGAUGAUGUACAGCAUGAUCUGCCUCUGCAGCCUGCAGGAGAAGUUCACGCAGGUUGACGUAUUGAUUCUUAUGACAGCUGCUGUGUGUCAUGAUCUCGAUCACCCCGGAUUUAACAACACGUACCAGAUCAAUGCCAGAACAGAGCUGGCAGUUCGCUAUAAUGACAUCUCCCCUCUGGAGAACCACCACUGUGCUGUAGCCUUCCAGAUCUUCUCACAGCCCGACUGCAACAUCUUCUCCAACUUUGACCCUGAGGCCUUCAAACUGAUACGACAGGGCGCCAUCACCCUGAUCCUGGCUACAGACAUGGCACGACACGGUGAGAUCCUGGACUCCUUCAAACAGAAAGUCGACAAAUUUGACUACGCAGAUGAGGAGCACGUCACCUGUCUGAAGAUGGUGCUCAUCAAGUGCUGCGACAUCUCCAACGAGGUGCGGCCCAUGGAGGUGGCUGAGCCCUGGGUCGACUGCCUGCUGGAGGAGUACUUCAUGCAGAGCGACAGGGAGAAGACUGAAGGGCUUCCCGUGGCUCCGUUCAUGGACAGAGAAAAGGUCACAAAGCCGACAGCUCAGAUUGGCUUCAUCAAGUUUGUCCUCAUCCCCAUGUUUGAGACUGUGAUGAAGCUUUUCCCACAGAUUGAGGAGGCGAUGGUGCAGCCACUCAGAGAGUCAAGAGAUCGAUACGAAGAACUCAAACAGAUUGAUGAUGCCAUGAAUGAGGUGCAGAAAAAGAAAAGUGAGAGCUUGACCAUGGGAGGGAAGAAGAAGUAA